AUGUUAGUUCCCUCCAUCCCGUCUCCCGUACACGCUCUUGACUGGCUCGCAUCCGUCACCGACACGUCGACCCUCCUAGCUCUCCUCGGCAGUGGCACUGGCGGACCUGGACGACUCUGCCCAGCAGACUUUGACGUCGACCCCAAGACCGGGUUCUUCCCCCGACAGCCGCUACCAAGGCUGCCCGAGCAGUACCAACUUUGGGAGACGGCUCUCGCGGGGGCCAGCGGCGCUGUGAAACUGGGCGACGACUGCAGCGACGGCGCACUUGCGAUGCGCGCGGAGGGAGAGUCCUGGCGGUCGUCCAUACGAACGUGGCCAGUCAUUAGCGUGUCCGCGCUGAACGGCGACCUUCGUCUUCUCCAACGAGCCCACAUGGUUCUUGCAAGCGUCAUGCAUUUCUACGUCCACUCCCUGCCACCCGCCGACGCCCCGAUCAUCGUCCCCAAGGCCCUGGCUAUCCCGCUCGUCGAGGUCUCGCGCCAGCUACGGAUGGCCCCGGUGCUCACCUUUGCAGACACGGUCCUCUGGAACUGGGAGCUUGUGGACCCAGAGAGACCGCUAUCGCUGGACAACAUGCGAUACCUGAACAUCUUCUCCGGCAGCGAUGACGAGCGAAACUUCUAUCUUGCCUCGGCAGCCGUCGAGCUCAAGGGCGUCGAGAUGCUCGAAAUCUUCGAGCGUUUCGCCAACUCGAACUGUUCCACCCGGAGCGCGAACGACAGCGACACGUACGCGAGUGCGACGCUCUCGCGCGACCUCACGCGGCUGGCGAGGAUCGUGAACGAGUUGACCGAGAUCUUCAAGUCGAUACGUGAGACGGUCGACCCGGACAUGUUCUACUGGACAGUGCGUCCCUGGUGGUCCGGGUCGACGUCCAAGGGGCCAUCCCAUCCGGGGUGGGUCCUCGAAGGCGUCCCGGACUCGCACAAGCUCGACCUCGGCGGGGCGUCUGCGGGACAGAGCUCGGUCAUGCACGCGCUGGACAUCUUCCUCGACGUCGAUCACAAGCUCCAGCGAAGCAGCCGCACGCCGGGGCCCUCGCCGGACAACAAGCGUGCGGACCGCGGGUUCAUGGAGCGCAUGCGGCGGUACAUGCCCGGGCUGCACCGCGAGUACCUCGCGCACGUCCGGCCGGUGAGGGAGGUUGUCGAGCGGCUGCCGACGCUGAGGGAGCCUUACAAUGCGGCGAUUGCUGCGCUGAAGAAGCUCAGGGACGUGCACAUCCGGAUUGUGGCGAUCUACAUCGUCACCAGGGCGAAUGGGCGCUCGCCGUUCGGGCCUGAGCACGGAGCCGAGGGCAUGUCGCGGGCGGACAAGCGCGGGCCUGCGCGGGGGACGGGCGGGAGCGAGGUGUCGAACUUGCUCAAAGCGGGGAGAGAUGCGACGCAGCGCACGCUGCUGGGGGAUUGA